AUGGAGAACUUGACCGAAAAACAGCUGCUGGGGCUUAAGAUGAUGAACGAAUUCUUUGGCGAGGACUUAUUCAAUGAGCUCAGGGAGGCUUCGCGAGAUGAUUUCCCAAGCAAGGUCGGGUCUGAAUACAUCGCCGAAACUUGCUUUUCAUCAUACGCUCGGCCAGGUCUCACCUUUCAGCAACGGUCUCUGAUGAAUUUAGGCAUGCUCAUCGCUCUCAACCGAGGCCCGGAAUUGCGCAUUCACAUAAAGGCGGCCCUCAACAACGGGCUGUCAGAGGAGCAGAUUACUGAGGCCUGUAGACAUGCAAUGGUUUACUGUGGGGUCCCUGCUGGAAGAGAUGCACUGUCUGUUGCCAGUGAGAUCUUCAACGAGAAAAAGACUAGCAAAAGGAUGGAGAAGGCAAAGCUAACUUGA